CCAACUUGCGAGAAGGAAACAGGCUUCCAUCGAUUUGCGUUCUCCAAAGAGUCUCAUCCAACUGGAACCGAACCAGACAUCUACGUCAUGGCUGCCUCAACUUCCCCAUUUCUCCAUAUAUAAUUAAUUCCUACAAUUGAAUCGACUUCGAGGUUUUGGCGGCGGUUUCAUGAUGGUGGGGAGAAGGAAGCCGCUUGUGCUCUCUUCCACCAAAAUUCUCGUCAACUCGGUACUAAGUUCCACGCGACUCAAUGAAGCCGGUCCAGCUAACCUUUCCGGUGACGGUUUGCGUUUGAAGGCGGGGAUUCUAAGGGUUUCGAAGGCCAAAAAUAGUAUUUCGGAUCCUCAGUUAGCUUCACUUGACGAUUCUGCUUUGAUAGGGCUCUCUACUUCUACAUUGAAGAGACUAACCAUAACUUCUGGCUCGCUGGUGCUUGUUAGAAACUUGGAGGCAAAGAUACAAAGAGUUGCUCAGAUUGUUGUUUUAGAUUGUCCAAAUACUCACGUUCACAUGUCUCUAAGAAAAGAAUCCCUUUCAGAUCCUCCGCAUGUAAUGCUUGUCUUUCCCUCAUACAGUUAUCCUUGUACUGGUUCUGUAUCCUUGGAUUGUGAUGUGGCCUAUGUAUCUCCUCUGUUAGCUUUUAACCUCAACCUACACAUAUCAUGCUUGAGAUCUCUUGUCUAUAAAGGAACGGAGACUUUAGCAUACCUCUUUGAAGCUAAUGUGGAUGAUAAGGCAUGCAGGGGAGACACUGAUAUCAGUUUAUGGUUGGAACCUUUGGGGGGCCUGCCGAAGUAUGCAUCACACUUAAGGGUUUCCUUUGUUAAGAUACCAGAAUGCAGUUCCCUUGAAUCUUUAAGAGGAAUUUCUUCUAUUGAAGCCGAUGAUCGCCAAGAAAUGAUUGAUUCUGCCUUACACAAGUACUUUGAAGUGGAUAGAUAUUUAACAAGGGGAGAUGUUUUCAGCGUUUUCCUAAAUUGGAAUUGCAAUUCAGCCAUUUGCAUUCCUUGCUGCUCAAGAUUGCAAAAUCAGAGUGAUGAUAUCAUCUAUUUUAAGGUUGUUGCUGUGGAGCCAUCAGAUGAAGUCAUUCUUCGAGUAAAUCGUACUCAGACUGCUCUAGUUCUUGGAGGGAGUGUGCCAUCUGCUGUUCCCCCUGAUUUGUUAAUUUCUGGUUCAAAAAGUGUUGCACCUCUGCAAGGGGACACAGUCAAGAUUUUAGCCUCGAUUCUCACACCACCUCUAUGCCCAUCCCCACUAUCUUUGAAAUUUAGAGUUUCUGUUCUACUACAUGGUCUGCCAGGGUGUGGGAAGAAGACUGUUGUUAGAUAUGUUUCUAAGCGACUGGGUCUACAUGUAGUUGAAUAUAGCUGCCACGACCUAACAGCCUCUUCUGAGAAGAAGACCUCUGCUGCUUUGACUCAAGCUUUCAACAGUUCGCAAAGAUACUCACCAACAAUACUUCUUCUACGCCAUUUUGAUGUUUUUCGGAAUUUUGCCUCCCAUGAAGGUUUGCCAAGUGACCAAAUUGGACUUUCCUCUGAAUUUGCAUCAGUCAUCAGAAAGUUUACUGAGCCAGGUGCUAGUGAUGAAGACGGCAAUGCGGAAGACAUGUCAAACGGUGAAUUUGCUGUAAAGGACAGUGGAAAUGUGGGUAGGCACCAGGUGCUGUUGGUUGCAGCUGCUGACAGUUCUGAAGGUCUGCCACCAGCUAUUAGGCGUUGUUUCAGCCAUGAAGUAAGCAUGGGUCCCUUGACUGAAGAACAAAGGGCUGAAAUGUUGUCACAGUCAAUGCAAGGUGUUUCUGAACUUCUUUCUGAUACUCGCUUAGAGGAUUUUGUGAAGGACAUAGUGGGACAGACUUCUGGCUUCAUGCCUCGGGAUUUGUGUGCUUUAGUUGCUGAUACUGGUGCUAACUUAAUCUCCAAGAGCAAUUUUCAAACUGGCAAAGCAGAAUCAUCACAAUCAGAUGAUUCUGUUGGAGUUAAAGCAGAGCAGGAUACAUCAAGCAAUACUACAGCUCGCUUAAGGGGAAAAGAGGACUUGGAGAAAGCAUUGGAGCGAUCAAAGAAGAGGACUGCAUCUGCAUUAGGUGCUCCAAAGGUUCCUAAUGUGAAAUGGGAAGAUGUUGGUGGACUGGAGGAUGUGAAAAAAUCAAUUUUGGACACUGUUCAGUUACCUCUCCUGCAUAAGGAUUUAUUUUCAUCUGGCUUGCGCAAGCGCUCUGGUGUCCUUCUUUAUGGUCCUCCAGGAACAGGGAAAACUUUGUUGGCAAAAGCUGUGGCAACUGAGUGUUCCUUAAAUUUCCUUAGUGUAAAAGGGCCUGAACUAAUUAACAUGUACAUAGGAGAGUCAGAGAAGAAUGUUCGAGACAUUUUCCAGAAGGCCAGAUCAGCACGGCCAUGUGUCAUCUUCUUUGAUGAACUCGAUUCGCUUGCUCCUGCUCGAGGUGCUUCUGGAGAUUCUGGGGGUGUUAUGGACAGAGUGGUCUCUCAGAUGCUUGCAGAGAUUGAUGGCCUUAAUGAUUCUACCCAGGACCUAUUUAUUAUAGGAGCAAGCAACAGGCCAGAUCUUAUUGACCCAGCUCUUCUAAGGCCUGGUAGAUUUGACAAACUGCUAUACGUUGGAGUUAACUCUGAUGCAUCUUACAGAGAGCGAGUUCUUAAAGCACUUACCAGAAAGUUUAGAUUGCACGAAGAUAUAUCCCUCUACUCAAUUGCAAAGAGAUGCCCACCAAACUUUACUGGUGCAGAUAUGUAUGCCUUGUGUGCAGAUGCUUGGUUUCAUGCUGCAAAGCGUAAGGUGUUGAGUCCAGAUUCAUCUUCCAUGGAUCAAGCUGACUCCAUUGUUGUAGAAUAUGAUGACUUUGUGAAGGUAUUGAGAGAGCUUUCACCAUCCCUUUCCAUGGCAGAGCUUAAGAAGUACGAAAUGCUUCGAGAUCAGUUUGAAGGGUCUUCAAGCUGAAUGAGAAAGGUGAAUUGGCAAAUUACAUGCUACGAAAAUACAACAAAAUAUGUCAAAAGCAAAAGAUUCUUUUUACCAUUUAUUUUAUGGAUAGAACUGUAAAAUUUUGUGCCUUUGUGUAAUAAAUAUUAAAAUAUAAUGUCUUAUUCUUCGACA